AUGUACAAAGAGCACCGGCGGCAGCAGAACAUCGCCAAGUCGUGGGAGUCAGCGGUCCGCAAAGCGCAGCAGGUGUACCAGGCCGGCAGCCGGCGCCGGGUCUGCCAGGUGUCCCCCAUGUCCGCAGACGACGACUCUGCAUCCACCUCCUCCCGCGGCUGGGGUGAUGACUCCUCGAUUGCGGCGUCGACGGAGACGGAGGAGGAGGAGCUCUACCGAGCCGAGCUCGUCCUCCCCAGCGGCGACUACUACUCCGGCCAGUGGUCCGGCGGCGUCCCCCACGGCGCUGGCAAGCUCCUCUGGACCGACGGGUGUAUGUACGAGGGCGAGUGGCGGCGCGGGAAAAUCACCGGCCGCGGGAAGUUCUCCUGGCCGUCGGGGUCGACCUACGAGGGGGAGUUCAAGGCCGGAUUCAUGGACGGCUUCGGCAUCUUCACCGGCGCCAGCAGCGACACCUACUGGGGCAACUGGUCCAUGAACCUCAAGCACGGACACGGCAAGAAAUCCUAUUCCAACGGGGACUACUACGACGGCGAGUGGCGCUCCGGCCUCCAGGACGGCCACGGCCGGUACGUGUGGAGCAGCGGGGCGGAGUACGUAGGGCAGUGGGUGGCCGGCCUCAUCCACAACCGCGGUACCCUCAUCUCCGCCAAUGGCAGCCGGUACGACGGCGGGUGGGAAGACGGGUGUCCCAAGGGCAACGGCAGCUACUGGUGGCCAGAUGGCAGCCUCUACGUCGGAGUAUGGACCAAGGACGACGCCGGAAUCCAGCAGGGCGUGUACCACCCAUCGUCGACGGCGACCACCCCCACCGCCCGGGACCCACAGGAAGCCUUCUCGGCCGACCUCCGCGAGUGCAAGAUCGCUCCGGGGGAGAGCGUGUCCGUGCUCCCCUCACAGAAGGUCCUCAACUGGUCGGACGUCGAGAUGUGGCGGCCGUCGUCGUCGUCGUCGGACCGCCCGCAAAGGCGGGCGUCAGUGGACAUCAGCGGCCACGGCGGGGCGCCCAGAAGGUCCAACGGGAGGACCCAUACCGUCAUCGGGGAGAUCCCGUUGGACGUCGCGAAGGAUGACAUUGCCAGCUCCCGGCUGCAUGAGACAGAGGCCAAACUAGCUUCCCGGCCGCCGCGCAGGUCGUGGGCGCCGCCGAGGCCGCCGAAGAAGCAAGGAGAGACCAUCACCAAAGGCCACAAGAACUACGAGCUCAUGCUCAAUCUCCAACUCGGCAUCAGACAUGCAGUAGGCAAACAAGGCCACACUCAAGCCGAGCUGAAAUCGUCGGCCUUCGAUCCGAAAGAGAAAGUGUGGACCAAGUUUCCAUCUGAAGGAUCAAAGCACACACCUCCACAUCAAUCUUGUGAAUUCAAGUGGAAAGACUACUGCCCUUUGGUGUUCAGGACACUUUGCAGGCUGUUCAAAGUAGAUCCAGCUGAUUAUAUGUUGUCUCUCUGCGGAAACGAUGCACUCAGAGAACUCUCAUCUCCUGGGAAGAGUGGAAGUUUCUUCUACUUGACUAACGAUGACAAAUACAUGAUCAAGACAAUGAAGAAAUCUGAAGUAAAAGUCCUUUUGAGAAUGCUCCCGGCGUACUACAGCUACGUGAGGAAAUUCGAGAAGAGUUUGGUGACCAAGUUUUUUGGCCUUCACUGUGUGAAGUUAACUGGGGCUGCACAGAAGAAGGUCCGUUUCGUUAUCAUGGAGAACUUGUUUUGCUCCGAGUUUGCCAUUCAUAGGCGCUUCGACCUCAAAGGAUCUUCCCAUGGCCGCAUGACCAGUAAGCCGGAGUCGGAGAUCAACGAAAACACCACCUUAAAAGAUCUCGAUCUUAACUUCAUUUUCCGACUACACCGAUCUUGGUUUCAAGAGUUCCAAAGGCAAAUUGACAGGGAUUGUGAAUUUCUUGAGCAAGAAAGGAUCAUGGAUUACAGUCUCCUGGUCGGUGUCCAUUUUCGAUACUCGAGAGAGACCUCUUCAUCUGAAGGUGGUGAUAACAAAAGAGAAGCAACAAUUCAGCUUUCAAAACUAGAAAAGGAUCAAUUCCUUUCUGAUUCCAAUAGGUCGAGAAACGUUCGGCUAGGCCUGAACAUGUCUGCGAAGGCUGAAUUAACUGCCAGGAGGACCGACGGCGAGCCCCAACUGAUCGGAGAACCCACAGGGGAAUUCUUCGACGUAGUCUUGAUCUUCGGCAUUAUCGACAUACUACAAGACUACGAUAUCAGUAAAAAGCUCGAGCACGCGUACAAGUCCAUUCAGCAUGAUCCAUCCUCCAUAUCCGCUGUCGAUCCAAAGCAAUACUCGAGGCGUUUUCGAGAUUUUGUAUACAGAGCUUUCCAAGAGGACAAUACUUAGGCACACUCAUAGAAUGAAUGAGGCACCACCAUCAGACAUUGCAAGCA